GCCUGCCACCUGCCGCUCAGAGAUUCCAGCCUUUGGUCAUCCACGUUUCCGUUCCACCUCUGCUUGUCUUGUCUAAUGUGUUCUAAAAGUACAUCCAUCUACAGCUCGCUCCUGAGGCACUGUGCUGCCCACAGCAGCGGCUUCUCGAUCGUCGUAGGAGUGUUGCUAGGAGUGUUGCGGAUUUAGACCACAACGAGGCGAAACACCGGCGAGUCGGAUCAGUGUUGCGAGACGUGACCGCCCUGAUUAACUAAGGGGAGUCCGCCCAGAUUGUAUGAGAGACCUGAUCGCCCUGAUCACAGUACCGUGUCUCACACCUGCUGCUGUCAACCCACUGGGAGAUUACCUUGUCGAUACGAAUUACUACCGUGAUGUCGCGAAGCGAUCGCGCUGAUCAUCGUCAAGAUACGUGUCGCGCAAAUUAGUGCCGUGACGACACGUGACAUCCAUAAUUUAUUACGAAGAUUUGUUUGGACCAAAAUCGCUGCUGCGCGACUCGCGAAGCCGUUUACCGCGACGCCGGGGUGGGGUGAAAAAUCGAGAUUCAUGUCUCCCCUCGUCCAGGGGCCGCUUUUCGCGUGCCGGCGCGGCGGAAGCCGUGGCGCCUCCGCCAGAACAGGCGGGGCGGCAGCCUACGAGCUGUGCCGCGCGAGCAGCAUGUCGACGGCUAGUACCAGCACGAGCAGCAGCAGCAGCAGCAAAAGCAGCAGCAGCUGCUGCUACGACCGGCGCUGCGCUAACAACCGCGGCGUCCGUCAGGCAGAUGCGAGUAAUUACUGCAAACACCGCCGACUCGGCGCGGCAGCAGCGGCAGAGGCAGCGGCGGCAACGGCCGCGGUUUUCGCCCAACAAGCAGCGGUGCCGCUGCUUGAAGCAGCAACAACAGAGCAGCUCACAACAAUUUCUCCGUCAAUUGCGGUGGCAACAACGCGAAUGAAAGAGAUCGCGCCGCCUCUCACUGUCUUCUCCCGUCGCGUCGCUCACGGCGGCGACGGCGCCGCAGCGACGUCGCAAAUCGAAGCAGGCUGCACCGGGCAGGAGGAAAGCGGUUCCGGAGAAGGUUUCCGGCAAGCAGAAGCCGGCAGAAAGAGCCCGAACUCCGGCGGGGGAUGCGGUGAGGGGAGAAGCGGGAGCGGAGGCGCAACCGGGGGAAGCGGCGGAGGGACCGCUUACUGCAGCAGCAGUGUAGAUUACGAUGAACGCAAUAACGAGGAUGGAGCGUACGGACACGCGAUACCGACAGCGCCAGCGCUCGCGCGGCUUGGGGGCGCAAGCGCGGCCGCAGACGGCUGCGCGGAAAAUUGUAUUGUGCAGUCGCGUCAGACGCCGACGAACGACGAGGCUAGCGUCGGUACGACAGGCGCAGAGGACCCGCGCACGCGGAAUUCGGUUUGCGCCGCCGCUGCGGCCGUCACGGGCGACGCGGGCGACGCAUGCGACGCAGGCUACGGUUGCGACGCAUCGGCUUUGGAUGGCGAAUCUGCGACGGCGACGCGAGCCAACGACGACGGCGCGAUGACUGUUGGGGGAACAUCCAAGCCUCUGCGCGCGCCGACGGCGGUUACAGACGCGGCUUGGGGGACUGGGGGCGUGACAGCCGCGCGGGACGCGGAUUGGAGACUCGGGGGAGCGCGGAGACGCGGAAGAAGUGGAGGAAUCAGCGGCGGGUUGGGGCUCACGUCGUUGGUUGUGUUUCAAGAUCAAUUCUCGCCAAUUAUCUUCUUCUCGAUCCACCUGCACCAGGUUUCACCCGGCCACUUCGAGUCCACUCAGCUCAAUUUCAUCCUCCCUACAAGCUCGCCCGCGCCCGGCUCCCCCGGCGGCCGGCCCGCGUUCACGUGCCUGGCGACGGACACGGAGUCGGAUCGCGACACGUUCCACUGCGCGGGGUCGUCGCUCGCGCUGCGGCACCUGCUCGCGUCGCGCGCGGCGGGGAUCGAGGACGGGUGGCUGCCGUUCCUGGAGUUCCAUGCGGGGGGGAGCGCAAGGGCGGGGCGCGGGGAGGGGGACAGGGAGGGGGAGGGGGACGGGGAGGGGGACGGGGAGGGGGACGGGGAGGGGGACGGGGAGGGGGACGGGGAGGGGGACGGGGAGGGGGACGGGGACGGGGACGGGGAGGGGGACGGGGACGGGGAUGGGGAUCGGGAAGGGGAAGGGAGAAGGGAUGGGGAAGGGGAAAGGGGAGAUGGGGAUGGAUGCGGUGGCACACUUGCUCCAUCUGAUGGGUUGGUGCCCGCAUCUCGUCUGCCGCCCGCUGUCUCUCCCCACGAGUAUGUCUCUCCCUCCCCUCCUUGGCCUCGUACUCUCCCCUCUCCUGUUCCCCCCUCCCCUCCCCAACCUCCCUCCUCUCCCGCCCCUCCCGUCCCGCACCCUUGUCCUCUUGUCAUCGCGUUUCCGCCAUCACGCCCUUCCGCGUGUACCUUCUUCCGUCUGUUCUCACAGCUCCACUGUUCCCCUUCCGUCCUCCUCCACUUCAGCCCCCCUUCCCCGCGCUUUCCCCUUGCGCCGUCUCAUUCCUAUUUUCUCGCUUUGAACACCCCCCCCCCCCACCCCCGCCCUCCCCCCCUCCCUCUCCCCGCGCCACUCAAACAUCACCUCACUCGUUUGUGUUUCUCCCCCCUCUCUCCGUGUCACGUGUUCCCCCGACUCUUAUUACGCCCCUCUUCCCUCCUUCCUCUCCUGCUCCCCCCCUCUUUCUGUCCCAGCAAUCCCGACCUGCACCGAGUGCCGAUGCUACUGCAAGAUCUGCUGCACGUGCACCAAAGCUUGAGCAACGCCUGCUCGGCUGGUCCGUGCGUUUGGGUGCAACCACCGCAUGCUGCUGCUGCUGCUGCUGCUGCUGCUGCUGAUGCUGUUACUGAUGCUGAUGUUGCUGCUGCUGGUGGCGGCAGCGGCAGCGGCAGCGGCAGGGGCAGCGGUGAUGGUGAUGAUGGUGAUGCGGAUGGGGAGGCUGACUAUGCUGCAGCGUCUGACAUUGAUAAUGAUGUUGGCCUUUCUGCUGCUGCACCACCGGCAACUGCUGUCGCUGCUGCAGCUGUUGGGACCACCAGGACUAGCGGUGAUGCUGCAAUGGAGGUGCACGAAUCAGUGCCAGAAGAAGUGCCAGAAGAAGUGCCCGAGACGUCACACGACCAGGCACAGGAGAUGAAAUCACAAGAGGAGAAACAACAAGACGAGACACCAGAGGAGGUUCGGGACGUGAAAUCUAUGACGCACGAUACAGUGUUUGAGGCGCUUCAGGUGUCGCCGCAUGGAGAUAUGGUGAUGGGGGAACAGGAGGUGGUACUUGUGGAGAUACACGAGGAGGCUCGGGAGGAGGCUCGGGAGGAGGCUCAGGAGGAGGUUCGGCAGCACCAUGCGUCAUCUUGUGCCCCGCCUGCGCUUUUCCCCAUGCCUCCCACCCGCCUUACUCCAUCAGCUGCCGAACCUGCUUCUCCUGCUCCCGCCCACCUACCGAACUCUGGUCUAGUCCCUGCCACCGGCACAACUGCAGCCCCUGCUGUUGCCCCUGGUAUUGCCGCUGCUCUGACUGCCCCUGCUGCUGCUGCUGUGGGUGCUAACACAACAACCAGCAUCGUCACCAACACUGCACCGACCAGCGCAGCAACUACCACCGCCACCACCACCGCCACCGCCGGUGCUUCUGCUACUGCUGCUGCUGCUGCUACUGCUGCUGCUGCUACUGCUGCUGCUGCGACUGCCACUGCUACUGCUACUGCUGCUACUGCGACAGCCCUGACCAGCAGCAGCAGCAUCCAUCUCCGUCGCAGUGCCUCCCUCCCAUGCCUAGCCCCCAUCCACCCUCCCGGUGCCCUGUCAACCACCAUGCCCUUCGUCCGAGCCAGCAGCAGCAGCCUCGGCAGCUGCUCGCCCGAGCCUAGCGUGAAGGCUGGGCCCGAGGCUGUGACUCCAGGCUCGGCGGAAGAGCCAUUGCAGAGGAAGAGGAGGCCGCCGAUUGAGAGGAUUGCUCAGCUAGAAAGGAGCCUGGUGAGGAGCCCUAGGAGGAGAUUGUUUCUCCAUGAAAGGAUGGCUGCUGCUGCGGCGGCUGCUGCUGCAGCUGGUGCUGGUGCUGCUGGUGCUGGUGCUGCUGCUGUUGGUGCUGCUGCUGGUGUUUCUGCGACUGGUGUUGUGGCUGGAGCACAGGAGGGGUUCGGAGGCGGAGGCGGAGGCGGAGGUGGAGGAGGCGGAGGAGGCAGAGGAGGAGGAGGGAAUAGAGAAGCCGGAAUAGCUGGUGCUGCUUCGUCGGUCUUCUUCAGCGCUAGCACCCCCUCCUCUGCCAGUCAAGAUACCCAGGCCGGUGCAAGCAGUGCAGGUGGUGCAGGGAGUAUGGCUAUGGUGUCGGGCAGUCUCCUGCGAGCCACGGCUGCUCUCUCCAUGGCCGUCUCUUCUGCUGCUUCCGGCACCGCUGCUGCCUCCGCUGUCGCUGCUGCCAUGCCCUCCCCUCUCGCCUCCACUCCUGUUUCCCGCCUGUCGAUAGGAGCGGUGGGGGGAGGAGGAGGAGGAGCAGGAGGAGCAGCAGGAGCAGCAGGAGUAGCAGGAGGAGCCUGUAUCUAUGCCCUUAAAUCUGCUGCUCCUGCUGCUGCUGCCGCUGCUCCUGCUGCUGCUGCUGCUGCGGCUGAUACACUUGCAGCAGGUGUGUUUGGAGCCCCUCAAAGGCUCGCUGCCGCUGCCCUCGCUCCGUCUGCCUCGUCUCCUGCUGCUGCCGCUGCUGCUGCCACCACGUCCUUUCAGACUGCCGCAGUGUGUGCGCCUGUUGCGCCUUUUGCUCCGUCCCGCAGACCCAAGCCUGCUCCCAAAGGCCGGCGCAGCCGCCCGAGUCUACGGGUGGAAAUUCCCCCGGUCAGGUGGGCUAAUCUGGGGCCGCCCCCACUGCCCUCCGCUCUACCUCCCCCUCUGCAGCAAGUAGUAGCUGGGGGAAUGGAUCCGAAGGAGGCGGGUGAAGGAGGAGGAACAGGGGGGGGAGGAGGAGGUGGAGAGGGAGGAGGGGUUUCGGAGAAGGGAGGAGAUCGGAGAGGGGAGGUGCUGAGAAGGCGAGUGAAGGCCAGAACGCCUGGCGGCUCAGUGCUCCGCGGGGUGGGCAGUGGGAGCGAGUGCGAACGGUGGCUGCGGCCGCAUAAGGAGAGAGGAGGGGGAGAAGGGGAGGGGAGAGUGAGGGGGAAUGGGGAGGCGAUGGACAUCGAGGCUGCUCUAGCAAGUGUGGAAGCGUCUUUGAGGGAAGGAGCGAGGACAGGAGCUUGGGAGAGGAGUGAGGGAUUGAUCCAGUCAGUUUCCACACCACAAGUUGCGAUAGAUGCACCACCACCAGCAGCACCAGCAGCAAUGGGGUUGCAGGCACUGUCAGGAGAAGAAGGGCCACCCCUGCUGUCUCCCCUGGCCCUCCUCUCACCCUCCUCCUUCCUUCUCUCCCCUUCCUUCUCCACCCACUGCCCCCUCUCCCCCUUACACUUCCUCGCAUCCUCUAGGCGUGCCAACGGCUCGCCUCUCAACGGCUCGACUCACAAUGGCUCGGAUAAUUUCGGUGGUGCUGCCAAUACUAACGAGGGAGCUACUAACGAGGAUGCACGUCUCGGUCUCUCGCAUUGUGCGUCCCCUUGCAGAGACAGCAGUGGCUAUAAGAGGAGCCAUGGCGGCAUGAGUACCAAUGGGUUUUUACCCUCUGGCAUUGACAGAGCUGGUGGUUGUGCCGGUGGUGGUGCUGGUGCUGCUGGCACAGCUGCUUCCCUUGAUACCGCAACCGCUGCCGCUGCCGCUGCCACGGCCACUGCCACUGCCGUUUCAACUACUGCCUCUGUCUUUGGCGCCGCUCCUGCUGCCUCUGUACCUGCCGCUUCAGCCUUCUCCCAUCCUGCAUCUUUCAACGCCUCCCGGUCUCUCCCCCAUCCCCCCGCCCAGUUCCUCACCCCCUUCUCUUCCCACUCCCCAUCGUUUUCCGCGCCCCUGCCUGGGCGAGCCAUCUCCCAUGCGGCUCUGGUGCCUCCAAGACCCCUCGUCUUUCCACCCUCAACCACCACUGCUGCUGCUGCUCUCACUCACUCCUCCUCCUCCACUCGUCUCUCCUUCUCCUCCCAACCUUCUCCCUCUCACUCCGCCACUAAUUUCCGACCUCCCCAUCCUGCUUCCUUCCCCACCCCCUCCGUUCCUCCUCCCACCUUCCUGUCAUCCUCAUACCCUCCGUCGUCCUUCCGUCCCCCCUCCCUUCCGCCGUCCUCCCCUCAUUUCUCCUCCCUGCCUCCCUCCCCCUUCCCGUCCACUCUCUCCCCCUCCGCCUUCCCCUCUUCCACAUUCUCCCCCUCCUCUUUUUCUGCUUCGCAGUUCUCCCUCCUCCCCCCUUCCUCCCGCUUCCGUCCCUCCUUCCCCUUCAACACUCGUUCACCAAGCCCAAGCCCACGCGUGGGCUCCCCACACCCUCCCACUCCUCGUCCUCCCCCCUUUUUUGCCAGUGGCGCUGCUGCUGCUAAUGCAGCUGGAGCUGCGUCUGCUGCUGCUUCUGGCGGUGCUGCUGGUUCUGCUUCUGCAAUUGCAGUGGUGGAUUUCCUCGGCCAUGCUCCUGCGGGUGCUAAUCCUAAUGCUUCUGCUGCUGCUGCUGCUGCUGCUGCAGCACUCGCGAUGACUGCUAAUCCCCCUGCUACUAGUCCUGCACUUACUCCUGCUGCUGCAGCAUCGGCUGCUGAUUCUGCUGGUGCAGAUACCGAUGCCGCCACCACCGCCGCCACUGCUGCUGCUGCUGCUGCUGCUGCUGCUGCCGAAGGCAGUGCUUACCUCCCCCUGGCAUCACCUGCGUCUGUUCGCACCACACCUCUGACCUACCCCACACAGCAACAGCUGCUGCUGCUGCAGCGUCAAGCACACGCAGUAGCACAGGCAGAGACAGGCAUAGGCAUGGGAUUUGAUAUGGUUAUGGGCAUGGGUACGGGCCUUGGCAUGGGUUCUACGAUGGUGGAUACCACUGGUUUAGAUGGGCACGUGAGCGUGGGUGGUAAUAUCAAUCCUGGCACGGAUGGGAAUACUGGAACUGACUAUGCUGACGCGGGUAUGCAGCACAGUAUGGACAUGGAGGAGUGCUAUAAGGAGUACAACGAGCAGUAUAAGGAGGAGGGUAACCUGGUGGAUAACGCGGAGAAUAACUGUGGUAACAAUGGUAAUGGGGAAAGAGUGGCGGAGGAGGAGGAGGAGGAGGAGGAGGAAGAAGAGGAGGAGGAAGAUGCGGAGGAGAGUGUGCAUGGUGCUUCUAACUUCGUCAGCUUGCUUCUGUCCAGCUGCCCAAUCGAUAUAGACAUGAUGCACAUGCUCCCCUUGUACAACCCUCCUCCUCCUCCUCCUCCUGCUACUGCUACUGCUACUGCUACUGCUACUGAUACUGAUGCUGAGAAUGCUGCUGGUGAUGUCACUGCUGCAGUUGCUGCUACUGCUGCAGCAGCGGCUGCUGGUGCUGGUGCCGUUGGUGCGGAUGGAACCUUCUCUUCUCCUUCCUCCUCCUCUUAUCUCUCCACCUCCCCUUCUACAACCAACGCCACCGGCACGGCCGCCGUUGCUGGGUUCGAUUCUGCUGCGGAUGUUUCUGUGCACGGUAACUGUCUUUAUGCGCUAACGCAGGGCUUGGGACCCCAGAAUCCCAUGGAGCAGAGCCUCAAUGCCAUGUUUGCUGCUGCAGGAGCAGCGGGUGGGGGUUGGGGAGGAGAGGAGGAGAGGGGGAGAGGAGUUGUGGUGGUUGGUGGGGGAGUGGUGGGGGAAGGAGCGCAAGGAGAGGAGAUUGAGGGACACGAGUCCAUGGUCAAGGAGGAAAUUCUCUCACCAGCAGCCGCAGCAGCGGCUGCAGCAGGAGCAGGAUUUUCUGGCAUCGAUGUGAAGCAAGCCCUUGUCAAGUGGGAGGGAGACAUUGCUGCUUCUGAGAAUCACCAGCAGCAACAGCAAGAAGCGAGUCCUUUGGAGGGAAAACUCCAGGGCCAAUUCCAAGGGAGAGAGCUCCAGGUGAAUUUUCAGGUGGGGGAGAAGAUGGAGGGGUUGGAGGUGGUGGAGAUACCUGGAGUCAGAGGGGCAAUUGGAGGUGCUGCUGCUGCCGCUGAUGCUGCCCCUGGUGCUGCUGCUGCUGCUGCUGCUGCUGGCGGCAGGGAGGGAGGUGCAGGGAAUGAGGCGGGAGGGAGCGCGGCGAUUGAAGGGGUACUGCGACGGUCUCUGCGCUCGCCUUCUGAGCGGCUGAACGAGAUGCAGCUCGACGAGCUGUCGCAGUAUUUCCGCUUGAGCAUUCAGCACGCCGCCCGUGUGCUGGGCGUGGGGCUGACAGUGCUCAAGAAGCGCUGCCGGGAGCUGGGCAUACAGCGCUGGCCGCACCGUAAGCUCAAGUCCCUCGACAACCUUAUAGAGAACAUGAAGGAGAUCCAUGGUCCCAUGGCAGCAGAAACAGUGGAGCAGCUCGAAGCGAAGAAGGAGCUGCUAGGCAAAGACCCCAAGCAGGUGCUGGACCCACGCAUCAAGACCCUCCGGCAGGUGUACUUUAAGGCCAGCUACAAGCGGAGGAAGGCGCACACGGGGUCGUCACUCAAGGCGCUGCAGGGCGAGAUGGUGGCUCAGGGGGGGGUGUGUGGGGGCGGGGAGAUGGGAAGGGGAGUGGGGGGAGGGGUGGGAGGAGGGGUGGGAGUGGGGAACGGGGGAGGGAGUGGGGAGGAACAGGUGGGGGAGGGGAUGGGUGAGGGAGGGGGAGAGUGUGGGAUGGAGAUGUGAUGGGGGUGGGAAGGAGAAGGAGAUGGUAGAGGAGUGUGUGUAUGGGUGCAUGCAUGUGUGUGUGCUUGUGCACGUGUGCCAAAGCAUCUUUGUAUGGCUUGGUGAGUGUGUGUGUGUGUGUGUGUGUGUGUGGGCAUGUGUGUAAAAGUGCGUGUGCACCCCGGUGCAGUGCAACUCGUUAAUCUAACUGUUUGCGCAGCUGCUUUUGUUGCAAAGCUUCUACUGUGUGCCAAUGUCCCUGUCUAAGCCAUGUCAUGUCACAAAGCCCUCCCACUCGGUGCGGGUUGCUUCACUAAUCACCCGCACCGUUGUGUCUGGAGCGUAAUGUUAGAGUAGCGGGAAAGUUGUGACUAAGGGAAAAUGUCGAGGGAUACAAAACUAGGGCUGUACUUGUAAGAACUAAGCUAUCUAGGCUAUAAACAAAUAUGACAUAGCUAAUCUAUGUAA